AUGGCUUCAAAUCCACCAGGUGCUUGUUGUGUUCAAGGUACUUAUCAUGAAGGUGAUGCAAUUGGUAAACAUCAAGAUUUAUUUGGUUUAGAAACUUAUCUUGUUGGUGAAGAACAAAAUGAUAAAAUUAUAGUUAUUUUAACAGAUAUUUAUGGACAUCAUUUUAAGAAUGUUUUAUUAAUUGCUGAUGAAAUCUCUAAAAAAGGUUAUAAAGUUUUAGUUCCAGAUAUUUUAAAUGGUGAUCCGGUUAAAUCGUUCGAUGAAUUGCAAGAUUGGUUAGUUCAUCAUGGUCCAGAAACUACAUCACCAAUUGUAGACAGUUUCUUACAAAAAGUUAAAACUGAAUUAAAACCUAAAUUUUUAGGUGGUAUUGGUUAUUGUUUUGGUGCAAAAUAUGCUGUUCAAAAUUUAUCAACUCAAGGUUAUUUAGAUGCUGCUGCUAUUGCUCAUCCAUCAUUUAUUACAAUUGAUGAAGUUAAAAAAAUUACAAAACCAAUUAUUAUUUCAGCUGCUGAAAUUGAUCCAAUUUUUACAACUGAAUUAAGACAUAAAACUGAAGCUGAAUUAGCAAAAUUAAAAAAUGUACGAUAUCAAAUUGAUUUAUUUCAUGGUGUCGCACACGGUUAUGCUGUUAGAGGUGACAUAAAAGAACCAUUAGUAAGAUAUUCAAAAGAAAAGACUUUAAUUGAUCAAUUAUAUUUCUUUGAUUCAGUUUCUAAUUUAUCUAAAUUAUAG